AUGCAAGGCCCAUGGGUGAAUCUUGAGGCAGUUGGGGUUAGUCGGCGUGUCAAUCGGCAACGUCUGGAGUGCCGCCGAAGGCCUCACAUUGUAGAGAGGACCUGCAGGAUGGAGGCGCGUUCGAUGCCGCUGUGGGGGGCCAGCAUGUGCUGCGAGGUGACCAGCGUGUCGCCGCUCUCUCUACGAAUGCCUGAAAAGCAGCCACUUGAUGUGUGGACAGAAGACAGCGCGUCGACCAUUACAGUCGAAACCAGUGCGGGGGCCACUGUUGAGGUUCCAGUUUUCUGCACCACCACCUCCAACUCCACGAGUGGUGGCGGUGGCACAGAUGGUGACAAGCACCCAGCAAGGUUCUUUGUUGAUAUUUCUUCCGUGUGUUCACAGGAUAACGUACUGCUGCGAGAUAUGGAGAGUGGAGAGCUGCUCGUCCCGCAGCCGCAGACACUUCGCUAUCAGGUGGCUGGUGUGGGCGAGGGGAGCGGUCGCCAUGCAGCACGCAAGCGGCGGAAGCGGAUUGUGGUGAUGGACGAAUCACGGGGCCGACGUUACCAGUUGGUCGCCGUAACCCUAAAGAAAAAAUGCGUCGAGCGAAGUUAA